CGCACCGCCCAGGACGCGCUAGGCCUGGGCUCGGGAGCGCGCACGCCGUGCGUCCCAGGCUCGCUCGGGAUUCUCGCCUGGUGGCGCCCUGAAAGGCGCGCAGGUUGGUCCGCCAUGUUCCUCUCCGCGGUGCUCAGGGCCCGGGCGCCGGGCCUCGCCGCCCAGUGGGGAAGACAUAUAAGGAAUUUGCAUAAGACAGCUGUGCAAAAUGGAGCUGGAGGAGCCUUAUUUGUGCAUAGAGAUACUCCUGAGAAUAACCCAGAUACUCCAUUUGAUUUCACACCAGAAAACUAUAAGAGGAUAGAAGCAAUUGUAAAAAACUAUCCUGAAGGGCAUAAAGCAGCAGCAGUGCUUCCAAUCCUGGAUUUAGCCCAAAGACAGAAUGGAUGGCUGCCCAUCUCUGCUAUGAACAAGGUUGCAGAAGUUUUACAAGUACCUCCAAUGAGAGUAUAUGAAGUAGCAACUUUUUAUACAAUGUACAAUCGGAAGCCAGUUGGAAAGUACCACAUUCAGGUCUGCACUACUACCCCUUGCAUGCUUCGAAACUCUGACAGCAUACUGGAGGCCAUUCAGAAAAAGCUUGGAAUAAAGGUUGGAGAGACCACACCUGACAAACUUUUCACUCUUAUAGAGGUGGAAUGUUUAGGGGCCUGUGUUAAUGCACCAAUGGUUCAGAUAAAUGACAACUACUAUGAGGAUCUGACACCUAAGGAUAUUGAGGAAAUUAUUGAUGCACUCAAGGCUGGCACAAUUCCAAAACCUGGGCCAAGGAGUGGACGUUUCUCUUGUGAGCCAGCUGGGGGUCUUACCUCUUUGACUGAACCACCCAAAGGACCUGGCUUUGGUUUGCAAGCAGGCCUUUAAUUUAUAUUCAUCUGUAAAUAUGUCACUGGAGAAAUAAAAUAGGAAUCUCCUCUCUCCAUAA